AUGGCCUUCUUCUCCGCCCCAGAGCAAGAAGUCCUCGCACACAGGCUCGCCCGCAGCUCCUCCGUCGACCGGCUGCACGCGCGCUUCGCCUCCGCCUCCGCCUCCGCCUCCGCCUCCGCCACCGCGUCCACGUCCGCGUCCAACCCGCCUUCCCUCUCGAAAGCCUCCGCGCGGCGCGUGCCCCCGCCGCCGCUCCCGACGAACGCGCACGCGCACUCGACACCCACGCAGGCGGGCAUGGCGCCGGACGAGAAACGCCAGAACCAGAACCAGAAUCUGUAUCAGAGCCAGAAUACGUAUGCCCUCCCGCGCUCGAUGCAGGCCGGCGGGCUGCGCGGGUUCGGCGCCGCGGCGCUCGCGUCCACGUCCACCCUGACCACGCCAACGGCUGCGGGAACGCGGGCGGAGACGGGAACGAGGACGGACGCGGGCGGAGGCGCGUCUGCGUACGAGUUCGACCUGACCCCGUCGCCGACGCAGCCGCAGAGCGUGCGCGCGCACAUGCAGAUGCACGCGCACGCACAGGCGCACGCGCAGGCGAGGAGUGCGCACGGUCACGCGCACGCUCCUCGUGGGAGCGGGAGCGCGAGGCCGGGGACGUCGCCGGCUGCUGCGCCGUCGCCGUCGUCGUCGUCGUCGUCUGCGCGCGGGGAGCGCGAGGGACGGAAGAAGCAUUCGCCGACGAAGGGGGAGCGCGGCGGCUCGCCGACGCCGGGGCCGUCCUCGUCCUCGUCGACGUCGGCGGCGGCGGCCAACACGACACCCUUCCCGACCCGCCGUGCGGACCUCGCCCAUUCGCCCGCGGCGGGCACGAUGCCGACGCCGGCGCCCUUCCCCCCGCGCGCGGGCUCGUAUACGUACUCGUACUCCUACUCGUAUUCGGGCUCCGCGUCCGCGUCCGGCUCAAUCUCGGACUCGGGCGCCAAGGCCCCGCGGCGCGUCGCCGAGUCGCACUCGCAGCUGCACCAGCUGCACACGCACCUGUCCCCGCUCGACGCGGCCGCGCACGCGCGCCAGCACUCGCCGUCCUCGUCGCCGUCGCCGUCGCCGUCGCGUUCCCCGUCCCAGUCGCCGUCGCAUCCCAGCUCGCGCACGCACUCGCACUCGCCGUCCCCGUCGCCCUCGCGCUCCCCUGCGCGCCGCUCGUCGCUCAUCGGCCUCACGCAUCCUUAUCCGCACCAACAGCAUCCACACCCGCAUCCACAUGCACACCCGCACCCUCGUCCGCACCCGCAUCCUCCUCAUCAUCCACAUCCACACGCCCCCCGCCUCGCCCCCGGCAACCUCUCCGACGGCGGCGGGAGCUCGGACCGCGAGCGCGCGCCGAGCCCGCUCGUCGCCGCGCGCCUGGACGUGAGGCGCCUGCUGAGCAAGCCCGCGCCGCCCGCGCCGCCGUCGCGCGCGUCGACGAUGUCCGUUACCUCGGACUCGGAUGCGCCGCCGCCGACCGCGACCGCGCCUGCGACCGCGAGGGAGGUCGUGGCGAGGAUGGAGCUGGCGCGGGCGGAGAGCGCGCGGGCGGAGAAGGCGCGGGCGGAGAAGGCGCGGAGCAGGAGCAAUCCGACGCAGCCGAGUAGGAGCUAUAUGCGCGCUGCGAUGGGGGUCGACGAGCGGGGUGGACUCGCGGCGCCGGUGGCGGGUCCGGUCGUGGCGUCGCGUAGUGUCGCGAGCGAGCGCGAGACGCCUGUCGCGUCGUCGUCGAAGGCCGCGGAGCGCGAGCGGGAAAAGGAGAGGCCGCCGCAACAGCAGCAGCAGCAGCAGCCACCGCAGCAACAGCAACAGCCACCGCAGCCGGCUCCGCCGCGGCCGCGCAACGUCCUGCGCAAGCGCUCGAUGAAGAGCCACGCGAGCAGCGCGACGUCCGCGCCGCGGAGCAUGUCGGACGCGUCCUCGCGCCCGACCGCGGGCUCGCUGCGCGACCCCAUCCCGACGCUCUACUUCCACUCGUUCGACAUCCCGAAGGAGUACACCUCCCCCGCGGACGCUCGCCCCGGCGGCAGUGGCAGUGGCAGCGGCGUCGGCGGUAGCGGCAGCGGGGGUGGGGGCAGCGGGGCGAGCAGCCCGCGGCACUCGCCGUCUCCGCGCCCGUCGCCGUCGCCGACCCCGAAGCUGACGCCCGCGGGCGCGAUCGCGCUCGCGUACAAGGAGCAGGGCGUGCGCCGCGCGAAGCUCGAGGCUGCCGCGAAGGGGCAGGACCAGCGCCCGGCGACGCAGCCGCUCCCUCCUCCCGCUCCCGCUCCCUCUGCUUCCCCUGCUCACUCUGCCCGACCCGUCCCUGCCGCUCGCGCGCUCACUCUGGACACUGUGCCGGCCGUUCCGCCGCUGCAGCCGCCCCGCGCGCCGCGGGACGCGUACCGCCAUUCGUCGGCGCGGGUGACGGCGCAGGCGGACGUGUCUGCGGACGAGGGCGAGCCGACGGGGCCGUAUUAUACCGUGUUCGGGAGCACGACGGGGCGCGUCGUCGCCGUGGGGAGCGUCGAGGACACGGAGUGGGGCGAGGGCGAGCAGCGUGCGCCGCGCGCGGGAGCGGUCGCGAGCACCGUCGCGAGCACCGUCGUGACGCCCCAGAAGCCCACCCUCUCGCGCAAGGUCUCCACGCGCUUCAAAAAGGCGGCGGCGGCGACGGCGGCGACGGCGACGGCAGCGGUCGUCGUGGCCACCGCGGAGCCGGUCGAUGAGGCGGCGUGGGGCCGGCCGAGCCUCCAGGAGCGCCGGUCGGUGACGCUGCCGACGCGCGAGCGGCAGAGCCUGCGGCUGUCGAUCGACGACUACGUCGACGUGCAGGCGCCCGAGCUCGGGUAUUCCGCGCUGUCGACGCCCUCGGCGCGGCUGGGCGACGCUGCGGGGAAGACCGAAAAGGAGGACGCGAGCCCGUCGUGGGGCGGCAGGGCGGGCGGGAAGGGGAAGGAGCGGCGGGACGACGAGUCGCCGUCGAGCGGGAAGAUUUGGAAGCUCAUGAAGCGGAUCAGCACCGGCGGGCUGCGCGACCGGUAUCAUUCCGCGGGGAGCGCGUCGCCGUCGACGGCGGGGGCGGCAGCGCCGCCGCCGCCGCCGCCGGUGCCUGCGCUGCCGAAGGACCUGGGCGCGCGGCACCCCCCGACGUCGCGGACGACUUUCGAGGUGCACACGCCAUCGCGCGAUGUGCGCCACUCGCCCAUGGUCGAGCGCUUCAUGGAGUCGCGCAUGUCGCUGUCUGGCGUGCGGCCAAACACGGCGCCGCACCGCCUGGGCUUGGGUCUGGGCCUGGGUAUGGGCGUGCAGCGGCCGGGCACGGCGCAAAGCAGCAAGGUCGGCUCGGGCUCGGGCGGCCGUCCGAGCACGACGACGCGCUCGUCGUCGCCGCAGUCGUCGUCGGACAAGGCGUCGUCUGGGUUCUUCCGCGCGCAGAGCGUUCACUCGUCGUCCUCGUCGUUCGUCGAGGAGCAGAUGCCGCCGGUGCCCAAGGUCGCGCACUAUAUCCUCCCGCCGAGCGAGCUGCACCGCUGGGACCACGACGAGGACGCCCGCCCGCCCUUGGUGCGGCCGGCGCGCGCGCUGUCGAUGCCUGUGGAGGCCAUGGACGACGCGCGGCCGUCGUUGCCCCUCCCGCCGCGCCGCGCACAGACCGCAAGGUCGCCCGCUUCCCCCGAGAUCCCCCUGUUUUCCACCGCAGAGCCCAUCAACCACUUUGGCCGGCGGUCCACGUCCACGUCCAGUCGCCACGACGAGCGUCCGCCGCUGCGGAUCGUCCCCCCCGCGUCCCAGCCCUUCCCACACUCGGAGUUCGGCCUCGAAUCGGCCGCCUCCUCCGUCGCUUCUUCCUCGCCCGCACUGCCCCCGCCACCCCGGCCCGCCCGCAGCGCCCGCCGCCCCCGCACGGCCACCUCCGUGGCCUCGACGCCGACGCCUUCGAGCACCGGCUCGCCCAACACGCCCUCGCUGUCGUACGUCUCCGAGACGGCGUCGCUCGGGGGCUCCGUGUACCGCAGCCGCGACUCCACCAGCGGGCACAGCACCGCGUCGACGGCCAAGGCGGCGGGCCCGCGCUCGCCUGUCGUCGGGAACCUGACCUUCCGCGAGCUGGACAGCUCGCCGCGGCAGGCGUGGACGGAGCAGGAGAAGGCGCGCAUGUGGGACGACCUGCUGGAGCGCAGCGCGCGCGCGGGCGGGACGCUGCAUCUCGGCGAGAGCGGGCUCGCAUCGGACAAUAUCCGGUUCUCGGAGUAUUCGGAACUUUGA